GCCAACACUCUCCCCUCCCUUUGGAACUGCCGCUAUUUUCUGAUUGGCCGCCUGGUGCCCCGGCCAGGUGUCAGCAAUAGCAGGAGCUAAGUCUGCGAGGAGUGCGGAAGGGGGCGAAAGAGACAGUUUCAAGACGGAGGCAUAUGGUCGCCUGUGGCUAUCACGUUUCCUUUAAUUCAGUGGUGAUAGGCGCUUGCUACCAAAGAAGAUUCUGAUCAAAGCCAGGAAAAAUUCAGAACUGUCCCUUUCUAUGACAGCUGCCAUGCUAACGUAAAGGAAGGCGCAACCGGCUCUUUUAUCUGACCAGUCACCUUUUGAGACGCUUGCUUUAUGCUGGAGAUACUUUGAUUUGAUUUCUCCUCCUGCUCUUGGUGUCGGAUAUUGGAAGUACUGGACUGGUGCAGACAACUCCAAAGGGGUUUAGAUACUUUUGUUAACAGAGCUCACUGAAGAUAACUAAAUAUGAGAAGAAAGCUAGACUUGUCUGACCUGACUGAUGAUGAAGCUGAACAUCUUAUUCAAGUGGUCCAACGAGAUUUUUCCCUCCGCAAAAAAGAAGAAGACCGACUGAAUGAAAUGAAACAGAAGCUUGAUGAAGAGGGUAACAAGUGCAGCAUUCUUUCCAAGCAUGAGAGAUUUAAUGAGCAUUGUUGCAUGUGUUGCUGCUCCCCAUUCAAUUUUCUCAUCAAUACUAAACGACAGUGCCAAGAUUGCAAAUACAACAUCUGCAAGAACUGCAGCUUUUAUCAGAAGAAAGAGAAAGCGUGGCUCUGCAACAUGUGUCAGCAAGCUAGACUUCUAAGAGCUCAGUCCCUGGAAUGGUAUUACAAUAAUGUGAAAAGUCGCUUCAAGCAUUUUGGAAGUGCUAAAGUUCUGAAGAAUUUAUAUAGACAACAUCGCUUGGAAACUGGAACUUGCAGUGACAUACUAGAAGCAGGACAUUUUUAUGAAGGAACCACAGUAAAUGAAGAAAGCAAAUGUAACAGUGAUUCAGUUUUCUACAAACAGACAGAGGGACAUAGCAUGUUAAGCACUGUUGCUAUAGCCUUGCAUGUUGCAGAAGAAGUAAUAGAAGAAGCUAUUUCCAAGGCUGGGACAUACAGUGACAGCUUGGACAAACAGUAUGAAGCUUGUUAUUUGCAAGAUCAUAAAGAAGAACUGAUAGAAGAGCUUGCUACCACCAUUGUCCAGAAGAUUACAACGAAGCCGACAGUCAAGACUGAGCAAGUGGAAGCUAGCUUUGAAAGGCCACAGUUCAUGAGUAACAGAAGUGUGACAUCUGCUGUGUCCCCAAAACAGAACAUGCUGACUUUUCAAAGGAGUCAUAGAAGGUCAUAUGCAUUAUGGAGAUCCCAGUCUGCAUUUUCACUGACUAAUGAAGCUACAGCCCAAGACCCAAUUCUUACAUCAUCAGUGUUUGAAUCUAUCUUGAGGGAACCAAAAGGCCAAAUCAAGAAACAAAAACACAAGCUGUCUACAUUUCCCAGCUGGAAGAGUGUGGCCCAAUUAAAUGAACCAAAUAAAGAUUUUCCUCCUGUUUUGCAAAGUACAGAUGGAAAUUGGGUAGCCUUGCAAAAUGCCAUUUUGCCUUGUCCUCGAAUGCUUGCCAAACCUAAGAGCCAAGUGUUCAAAGCUUUGGAGGAAGAAUCCAGUAUUGUAUCUGCUUAUGAUGAGAUGGGCUCAGAUAGUGAAGAUAAUGGUGACUGGAAUAUGACUUUGAACAAGCUACAGCAGAGGCCACAGGAGCUUUCAAAUUACUUUGAAGCUCAGCACAAAGCUGAAUGGAGUUAUGGAAAUGAAUUAUACCAGCUUAUGACGUCACCUAAGGGGUUUACCAUUGAGACAGAAUACUCUGAUUCAGAAAUAUCACCUGUUGAUUCUUUAAGGGAGACUAUAGCAUCUAGCCUCUUAGGAAUACAUAAAGAGAUUUGUAACAAUAAAUACAGAGAGGGAAAAACAGAGUUGAAUGAAGAAUUGGAUGUGAAUUUUAAUCCACAGGCUAUCAGUUUAAACUGUUCAGAUAGUAGUGAAAAUGAAAAAACCUAUCAUGACUUUGAAAAGACAUCAAGAAGAUGGGGAAAAUGUAAUGUUCUCUCUGAAGAUUUAUGCAAAAGCAAAAAUUACAGAAAACCACCUAACAACUUGGGUACAUAUCAGGUAUUUGAUGAUUUAUCAAAAUUUGACAUCAGCUGUGCCGAUCAACAUCAACAAAGUAAAGCACGCUCUAUGGAAGAAAGGAUGAAAGCAAGGUUAUCUGAAUUAUCAAUAAAAAUUAAAAAUAGAGAAACUUCAGAGGAAGAGACAUCAGAGUCAAGAACAGCAAAUGAGAACCAUAAAUCAGGCUUAGCUUCAGAAAGCAAUAGCAAAUGCCUCCAAGAAGAAUUUAAAAAGAAAUGUUCUGCAGCCUCUCUCUGCAACAUAUCUACUGAAGUCCUAAAAGUAAUCAAUGCAACAGAAGAAUUCAUUGCAGAAUCCACAAAAUUAUGUGAUUUCCCAGCAGAAACAUAUGAAAGGGGGAACAGAGAAUUCCCAUUAGGCACAAACCUUAUCCAGCUUGAUGGGCAGCUCACAACAUUGGAAGAAAAUGUCUAUCUGACAGCUGGCAGUGUGUAUGGCCUGGAGAGUCAGUUAAAUGAUCUUGAGGAUGCAGCUCGUAAAAUUAACACCAUUACUGCAGAAGCUGAACUAGCUGAUCUAGAGGAUCAAGUGGCAACAGCUGCAGCACAAGUUCAUCAUGCAGAGCUUCAGAUUUCAGAUAUUGAGAGAAGAAUUUCAACCCUUUCAGUAGCAAGCUUGAAUGUGGCUCCAUAUGUUCAUUUGACAAGAAGAUGUGAUCACCAGACAAGUCAGAUCCAUACAAUAGACACAUCCAGACAACAGAGACGAAAACUUCCAACUCCACCAAUGAAAGCUAAAAACAUGGAUGCAUCUCCAGUUUCUUCUAUUAGAACAUUAAACAAGAAUUUCAUACUUCAAGGAUCUCUGACACAAAGAACAAAAAAAGAAAAAAAUAUAAUUGCCAAGGAUUUGAUGGUACAAGAAGCAAGAAAUCAAGAAAAAACAUUAUAUGAAAAUGCCUGGAUGGGUGUCAACAAUGGAGGCGAUGAUACAUCCCAACACUAUGGAUAUAAAUAAAAUGGCCAAAUACAAAGAAAUUUUAGAUUGUCAAGGAAAUUUAAAAAGUAGACAAGAUUUAGAAAAACAGGGAAUAAAUAUAGAUUGGUGGCCUUAUUUGCAAUUAAAGUCACGAUACUUAAAAGAUAAAGAAGAAUAUGGAAUUGAAUUGGUCCCACAAAAAUUAGACAAAUUAUUGAUUGGCCCGGAUGAAAAAUUGAUAACUAAAUUUUAUAAUUAUUUAUUAGAAUUUGACAGAGCCAAGGACAUAGUGAAGGGAGCGAUGAUAGCUUGGGCAAAAAAUGUAGGCCAUAACAUCGAAUUAGAGGAUUGGGAAACGAUUUGGAACAGAAAUGAUAAAAUAACAAAAUCAGCAAAAUAUAAAGAAAAUCAAUACAAAAUGCUUUAUCGCUAGUAUUUGGCAUCUUCAAGAUUGGCAAAGAUAUAUCCAAAUUUAACCCAAAAUUGUUGGAAAUGUGGACAAAAGCAGGGUACCUUCUUUCAUGAUGGUGGUUAUACCCAGAAUCGAAAAAAUAUUGGAAAAAAAAAUACAAAAUUGGUUACAGGAAUUAACUGGUGUCCAAAUAGAAUACACUCCGGAACUGUUUCUUCUAGGGGAUAACGAAAAAGAAAUACAACAAAAAAACAAUGUACAUUAUUCUACAUAUAAUAACGGCGGCAAGACUAGCCUUUGCACAGUGCUGGAGAAACACAAAUAUACCCUCAGAAGACUUAAUAAUUAAAAAAGUCUUGGACUGCACUGAAAUGGACAAGAUGACACUUGAGCUGAAAGGAUUAAUGGAUUUGGAAUAUUAUAUAAUAUGGGAGAAGUGGUAUAAAUGGAUUGAGAAUAGAAAUAUUUUUUAGAUAAAGUAGGAUUGAAUUUAGUUAGAAUGUAUAGAGUAUAAAUGAAAUAUAGUAAUAUGUUAUGUAAAUGGUCACAGAAUAAACUUUUCAUUCCACUUGGGAUUGUCCUGGAGAAGACAAAGAUGCAAUUCCUUCUUCUGGACCUUCUCUAUGUCCAAUCUUUUGUCAGAAUAGAUGAAUGACUAUUAUGCUUCAAUCUCCUUACUCCUAUGCAUGGCUACCUAAUUCUAAUAAGCUCAAUGAUCCUAUUUUUUUGUAUAUAUGCCAAUAAGAUUUUAGCCUUAGGUGCUGAAAAAUACUAGCAAACUUUCUGAUUGCUAGUCAUUGAAAUAUUUAUAACACAUUUCUUUUUACUUGUUUUUCAAACUGGUGCAUUAAUUCUUGUUUACAAGUAUCAAAGGAUAAUACAGAAUCCUUUGCAAGCAAAGAAGCUUUUUGUAUUUUUGUACAGGUAAUCCUUGACUUACAACAGUUCAUUUAGUGACCAUUCAAAGUUACAAUGGCACUGAAAAAAGUGACUUGUGACCAUUUAUCACACUUACGACCAUUGCAGCAAACUGUCAUUAGGGCAAAGAAGCAAAGUCGAGUUGGACAUGCCCACCUGGUCACAUGAAGCACUGUAGUUGUGAAGUGAGUGAUACGGUUGUUAAGAAUGCUGCAACAGGCAUGACAACUGGUCAUAAGUAUGAG